AAAGUCUUCAUCAGGGGAGGAUCAUUCCGUAAACGUGGCAAGACUGAAUGUUUUCUCCUUCCUUCAAUGACUAUUUACUUUUAUUACAUACGAAGUUAAAGAUCGGUAGUUCGUUUAGUUUUCUUUUCGUUUAACGAUGCCAGGCUACAGGAAGAACAAUUCGAAGCGGAUGAGGAUGAGAUGCAAUCCUCCCAACGUGUCGUGGCCUUAUUUCGACAUUCCACCACAACCCCCAGGAUUUGGCAUGCAACCUGCAAUGUUUUGCACACCACCUGUGAUGACUUUGGCCAUCCAGCAACUGGCCCUCCAACAACUAGCAUUCAGACAACAAUCGCAAUUACAACAACAAUUGCAAUUACAAUUAUUUGCUCCUCCUGUAUCAUCCUCUUCUACAAUUUUCCCUCCUAACCUUGAUAACAUUUCCCAUGUCAAUAAUCCCAAUUUGGGCCUUGAUCAAGAAAUUGCCUUGGUAACUUCAGUUCACACUAGCCAGAAGAAUAACAUCAGCCUUCAUCAAGAAACAGCUUUAGAGAAGUCAGUCCCCACCUACCAGGGAAUCCCUACAGCACCAGACUGUCAGGAAGUCAGUAAUGUGGCUGGCAAUGCCAAUGGAGAUGAAAUACGUUGUGUUAUAUGUUUGAUUGCACCUCCUGAAAUACCAACUAAAUGUGACCGGUGUGUAGCUGUAUCAUGCUGGCUUUGCCUUGACAUGUGGCUUGCUCAUGCCGGUAAAUGCCCCAUGUGUUGA